GGUCAACUCAAGCAAUCCACGUACACAAACAGAGGGAAUCGAAAAUGGCGUCGUACAUUCUUCAGGUAUCCAGUUCCAUGUCUCUACAUCAACAGUUACGCACUCUCUCCAAAACACUAUCCCUUUCCUCUCAUCCUCACCGACUCAGAUCCCUCUCUUCCAAUUGCAAAAUGUCGACCGAGACCGAGUCAUCAUCCCCUCUGACUCACUCCAUCACCCUCCCGACUCAACUCGCUGAACCCGUCCAGAUUGUCGCCGCACCUGGCAUCUCUGACUUCCAAUUCAGGACUGCUAUUAAUUCCUCAUUGUUCAAGCAGUGGUUAAAGAACUUGCAAACUGAAACUGGAAUUUUAGCUAACAAUGCCAUGUCUCUUAAACGUGUACUUCUCCAGGGAGUAGAUAUGUUUGGAGAGCGUGUCGGGUUUCUCAAAUUCAAAGCUGACAUUGUUGAUAAGGAAACAGGAAAAAAGGUUCCAGGUAUCGUAUUUGCACGAGGACCAGCUGUAGCCAUAUUGAUCCUCUUGGAGUCAGAGGGUGAAACUUAUGCUGUUCUUACUGAACAGGUUAGGGUCCCUGUUGGGAGGCUUAGUUUGGAAUUGCCUGCUGGAAUGUUGGAUGAUGACAAGGGUGAUUUUGUUGGCACUGCAGCGCGGGAGGUUGAGGAGGAGACUGGAAUACACUUAAAUUUAGAAGACAUGAUUGAUCUUACAGCUUUCCUUGAACCAUCCACAGGAUGCAGAGUCUUUCCUUCUCCGGGUGGGUGUGAUGAAGAAAUUAGCCUCUUUUUGUACCGGGGGCACGUGGAUAAAGAGAUCAUCACGCAGCUGCAAGGAAAAGAAACGGGUCUUCGUGACCAUGGUGAACUCAUUAAGGUCCGUGUGGUUUCAUAUAAAAAUCUGUGGCGCAUGACAGCUGAUUCAAAGGUUCUAAUGGCCAUUGCUCUCUACGAAAUGGCCAUGAGAGAAGGGCUACUGCUUCAAUCAAAAACCUAAUCCACUAACAUUUCUAAACACUAGAGGCUUUUGAUGAUGGGUUAGAACCCUCACCAAAUUCUGUUUUAUGGACUGAUGGAAACUAUUUAUCCCAAUUUCUCAAUAAAUUUGCUUUUUGGGAAAAUAAGUUUUUUGAAGUUGGAAUGCAGAAGAAAAAACUUGUUAAUGAAAAAACAAGUUUGAGUGAAGAGAGAGAAUGGGUGAGAAGAGAGGAGUGAAAAAGGGGAUGUCUGGUUAAGGCCACCGCUGCAAUAGUGGUGGCGAGUGGUGAUGAGCAGUUUGGCAUUGAAGGUCCGACUAGGUUUGGUAAGAUUGAGGGACAUCUGAGUUUAGUUUAGUUUAGUUUAGAUUUUUUUUAUUUUAUUAAUAUUUAUUUUUUAUAGUUUAGGCCACAUGAUAGUACGUGUGGCAGCAUAUGUGGCACAUAAAUAAUUUUUUAUUAUCAUUGUUAGUCAUAUCAGUGUUUUCCAUUCA